CUCAAUCCUGGAAAAUUGGAAAUCCGCGGAAGAUGGCCGUUGACUGGACGCAACUACCGCGAGAACUCCUGGAAUCAAUUUCCGGCAAACUCACGAUCUACGCCGAUUACCUCCGAUUCCGCGCCGUCUGUGACAGCUGGCGAUCUUCGGUCCUAAACACCCCGCGCAACCUCCCUCCUCAGCUCCCAUGGCUCAUGCUUCCCCAGGUGCAAUCCAACCCAUCCCAUCGCGCGUUCUUCGACCUCUCCACCCGCAAACUCCACAAUCUCGAGCUACUAGAGGCCACCUCGCACAGCAAGCGCUGCUGCGGCUCUUCCCACGGCUGGCUCAUAGUCCUCGACGAUUCUCCGGCGGUCCUUCUCCUCAAUCCUCUCACUCCAUCGAGGCUACACCUCCCUCCGCUCUCCGCCUUUCCUAACGUCGUGAGCUUCAACUACUCCGAAGUCGGUAAGGAAUACGCGCUCCGAGGCGUGUCCGGUGAGAUCUACCGGCGUAGUUUGCGUGAAAUGCGCAACUCGUUUAUAAAGAAAGUCGUUCUCUCCUCUGCGCCACUCAAGAACAAAAACUUCAUCGCGCUGGCGAUUCUCAACCACUCCAAUAUUCUAGUGUACUGUAAGAACGGUGAUCAAUCAUGGAGUUUCAUACACGUAGCGAGGUUUUUCUGCGAGGACGUUAUAUAUUAUAACGACCUAUUCUACGCGGUGGACAAGAACGGCGCAAUUGCUGUGUGCGAUGUAAACGGCUCGUCGCCGACGGUUUCGGUUAUCAGACCGCCGUUACAAUUGGGCGGGGACAUGCAGUAUUUGGUAAACUCAGGGGACGACGAGUUGUUGUUGGUGACGCGGUAUGUGGAUCUGCAAUACGACGACACUGACCCUUACGUGCCGAGUGAAUUCUACAAAACUGUCGGGUUUGAGGUUUUCAGAAUGAAUUGGGGCGAGCCACGGUGGGAGAGGGUUACAAGCUUGGGUGAUCGGAUGUUUUUUAUAGGGGAAAACAUGUCCAUCUCGUUUUUGGCUUAUGAUUUUAGGGCAUGUUUAGGGAAUUGUAUCUAUUUCACGGAUGAUUGUGAAUUCUAUGAUGGUGCUUUUGGAGACUAUGAUUUGGGCAUAUUCAAGUUGUGGGAUGGGAGCAUUGAACCUUUACCUUGUUACCAGCGAAAUCCGCAUUCUCAGACCCACUGGCCCCCAAUUUGGGUUACGCCAAAUCCGUGCUAAUAUUCGACCUUGAAUGUUAAGCUUGUGGCCAAAGAGUCUUUGUUCGUAGUCAUUGUGAUCAAUUUACAAUGCAGGUGAAGAAAAGGGUGUAGCAUUAGUAUUGAUUGAAUUCAGGUAGGGUAGCUAUAUUUAUUUCCAGAUUUGAGCUUUUGUGAAGUGUGGAGAUGGAGUAAAAGCCGAUUCUUUAUUGUCUGGUUGCUGAAAGGAUGAAAAGAACUUGAAUUUGUGUCUGAAAGUAAAUUCUUUUUACAUGAUGAUGCAUAAGUGGUUAUAGUCAGUAAGCACAGCGAGAAGCUAGCCAUUUCGUGCAGUCUUUCGGUGACCAAUUCGGGCAUGUCAAAUCUAUAACAAAGAACCUUGAAUAUGUGGUGACUGUCACACCAAUGCAGAGUUCAUAUCAUCAGUGGAGAAGUGUAUUACCAUAAUAGGAGAUGAGAAGGAAUUUUACCCCUUUGACAUCAGAUUCUGCUCUUGUGGUGAUUACUGGUGAUGAUCCCCGGCAGUACAUGAUGAUUUACACUGCCUGACUGUUGUGUAACAGUCACUGAAAUGUAAGGAACUCCUUUAUCUUUGGAAUUAUUAUUGCUUCGCUGAUGUAUAUGGCUUGAUAUGAGUUACAUAUUUGCAUCAAUUCAAUUUUUUUAUUGGAUAUGAUUUGAAGAUGCUAGGUGAUGUAACAAAAUUGGAUAGCCCUAGAUAGAACUCAACUAAGUUUCCUUUGUUUAUAGAGCCUUGAUGGAUUACAAGGUUGAAGAGGUGUGAGCUAUGCCAAUAUUCUUUAUUUUUUAUUUUUAUUUUAUUUUUU